AUUAUGUGGGAUCGACCCCCUCCCUGGAGAAGUGGGAUUUUUCUUUCAUCCUCCUCCACCGCCUCCUUCGGUGUGCUUUGAAAGUGUGAUUUCCAGAAGCCGCAAGGGAGAAAGAAGGAGAGAGACAUGGCCAGCAACAUGGCCACCUACGAGAAGACGACGGCCGAGAUCCACAGCGGUGCCAUUGGGACUCCUCAGUCUGAUGCCUCUCUACCGGGCGACAAAGAAGCGACGCUGGAGGCGCGCGAGAUCUUCCAGGAUGGCGAGGAGGGCGUCAAGUUCCGCACCGUUAGCUGGCAGCGGGCCACCAUCAUCUUCCUCAAAAUCCAAUUCGCCAUGAGCAUCCUGGCUGUCCCUGGAGCAUUGGCCACCCUGGGAGCCGUUGGCGGAGCUCUGUCCAUCGUGGGCUGGGAAGUCCUGAAUACUUAUACGGCUGUCAUCUUGGGCGACUUUCGCAACCGCCACCCUGAAUGCCACACACUCGCCGACAUGUGCGGCCUGAUCUGGGGCCGCGUGGGCAAGGAACUCGUCGGGCUGCAGAUCCUGAUCGCACAGGUGCUCAUCACAGCCGCGGGGAUUGUGUCGUGCUCGACGGCUUUCAACGCCCUCUCGGAGCACGGAGCCUGCACGGUCGUUUUCAGCUUCGUGUCGGCCGUGCUGAUCACGGGCUUCUCCUCGGUGCGCACGUUCUCGCGGCUGGGCUGGCUGACGUGGCUCGGGUUCACGACCUUCUUCAUCGCCGUGUUCAUCUUCGUCGUCGCCGUGACGCAGCAGGACCGGCCGGCGGCAGCACCGCAGACGGGCGACUUCGACCUCGGGUGGGCGGCGAUCGCGCACCCGACCUUCGUGGCCGGGAUCACGGCCAGCGCCAACAUCUUCAUCAGCGGCAGCGGCUCGCAGAUGUACCUGCCCGUCAUCUCCGAGAUGCGCCGGCCGCGCGACUACCGCAAGGCGGCCGUCGUCGCGGGCAUCCUCGUCGGGGCCAUGUACCUGACCUUCUCGCUGGUCAUCUACCGCUGGUGCGGCCAGUGGCUGGCGACGCCGGCCUUUGGCAGCGCGGGCUCGCUGUUCAAGAAGAUCUCGUACGGCGUCGCGCUCCCGGGCCUGGUCGUCGGCGUCGGCAUCUACCAGCACGUGGCGGCCAAGCUGAUCUUCGUGCGCGUCCUGCGCGACUCGCACCACCUGCAGGCCAACACGGUCACGCACUGGGCCACCUGGCUGGGCAGCAACCUGGUCCUCGGGGUCUUGGGCUUCAUCAUCGCCGAGGCCGUCCCGAUCUUGAACUACCUCCUCGGUCUCGCCGGGUCUCUGUGCUUUGCGCCCUUCAGCUUGAUCUUCCCGGCGAUGCUGUGGAUGUACGACUACAAAGCCUACGCUCGGGGGAGUGCCUCGCAAAAGGCCAUCUACGGGUCACAUAUACUCAUUGUGCUGGUCGGGCUCUUCAUGGUGGUUGGGGGAACGUAUGGCGUUGCCGUGUCGAUCAAGCAAGCCUUCGAUGACGGAUUGAUCUCCAAGGUCUUUGACUGCGCAGAUAACUCCGGGACGAUCUCUUGAGGCAGAGAUUGUACCAGAUGAGACGAGCCGGGUCCCACUUCGGCUGAUCAAGUAGACCUUUGCGUUCCUAAACAAUCUUGCCGCAUCAAGCUGCUGCUCAAAUCUCUAUCUCGG